CACUCGAAGGCGCUCUGGCUCUGCCGCCCGGAGACUUCAAACCCAUUACUUCUUCCUCCCAUUCCUCGCACCCCAUUUCCCUCUUCCCAAGCGCGCCCACGCACACGAAAAUAGUGAUUCCAGAGUCAGUGAGUCUAGGGGCGAGUUCCGGCCGGGGAUGACGAGCCCUCGCCGGCGAUGGACUUGCCGCUAGCCCCCGCAGCUCUACUCCUCCUCCUCCUCCUCCUCGUGCUCCUCGCCGCCCCGCCGGCGGCGCUCCUCAUUGGCCUCCACCUGCACCGCCGCCGCCAGAGGCCUCGGCUAACGCCGCCCGAGCCGGCGGCCGCGCCGCUCGAGUCGAGCGCGCCGCCCGAGGAGGACGAGGGCGGGGAGGAGAAGAGGCGGCGGCGGAGGGCGAGGCGGAGGCAGCAGCAGAAGCAGGGCGGUGAUGGGGCCGCCUCGCAGGCGGCGGGUGGCGGCGGGGACGACGCGCUGCCGCCGCGGCCGCGGUUCCCGCUCGCUUCGGUGGCCGGCGCGCUGCAGCGGCGGAUCACCGCGCGGUACGACGAGCUCGCGCGGGCCAGCCAGGCCCAGUCCCUCACCAUUGACCAGGUCCGUGAGUUUCUUAACACUCUUGUGGAUGCAAGGGACGAACUACUACAAAAGUCUGAGAACACCCGAAGAAGCAUCACAAUAAGGAAGGCCAUGUUAUCCAACAGUCGUAACGGCAGGUCUUCACAUGACCACCUUCGCCUAUGUGAACAGGUGGAUAGAUUGGAACUCGAAUAUGAAAGACUAAAGAAAGAUGCCAACAUUUACCAUAAUCUUCAUGAGCAGCUUCAGCUGUCAUCGUGCUACAAACUGAUGGAGGAGAGCAACGAUGAAGCGGAGAAGAAAAUCCGUGAAGCAGCCUUCGCCACAGGGGUACGCGAUACCGCUUUCGAGGACCUGCUGGCCGUGGAGAAGAAGGACGACGCCUUCUGGCGUCGUCACGGGAAGCUGAGGUCGAUCUCGGACAGCAUGUAGGCAGCGAGACAGCAGACUAGGCGGUCGCACCAACUGUCGUCGUCGUGGCCAGUCUAAGGCUCCAGGAACUAGAAACUGAAUUUGUCCCUUGGAGAACUUGUGUGUUGAAACCAUUGGCGGCUCUCGGGCCUCCUCCCUGCCUUGAACUCUUGAGUCAUGGCUUUGAAUAAGAUCUGAACUGGGCAGAUCCAAAUGAAAA